UAAUAGCUUUUUGGUCCGUCGAGUCUAAUGGGUUUUAUUAGGUAUAGUUCGGAUCGAGUCCGAAUAUAAUUGGAUCCAAAUAUAGUCAAAGAAGGUGUAUUCGGGUCAAAUCUCGAACCCGACCCAUUCCCAUCGUGCAAAGUUUGCUAGCGUGCUAAGUGGCUACCAUUCGCCACAUCUCUUACUAUAUAUGGAAAGAUACAGCAAUUACAUUUUUAAUGUUAAUCAACAAUAUCGGCUAUGGAAUUCAGCUCAGCCAUCUACGUAACAGCUACUCUUUUUUUCCUCCUCCUUCAUUAUUACCGUUGGAAGAUUCUCGGCGCGCCGAAAGAAAAACUCCCACCUGAAGCCGGCGGCGCGCGUCCGAUUCUCGGACAUAUCCAUCUCCUGAUGGGAAGCCGCCGCCGGACGACUCACGUAAGCUUGGCGGCGCUGGCAGACAAACACGGCCCGAUAUUCACGAUCCGGCUGGGGCCGCGCCGCCGAGCCGCGGUGGUGAGCAGCUGGAGAAUCGCCAAGGAACUUUUCACCUCCUGCGACGCCGCCGUCGCGAGCCGAGUGAAGACGAGAGCCGUCCGGCACCUGACCAAUAACUUCGCCAUGUUCGGCUUCGCCCCCUACGGCCCCUACUGGAGAGACCUGCGCCGGCUCGUCUCCCUCGAGCUCCUGUCGAGCCGCCGCGUCCAGCUGCUGAGCCACGUCUGCGCCUCGGAGACGGCGCGAGCCGUUAAGGAGAUUUUCGACCGUUGGGAGGGGAAGAAGGGUGAGUCGGGGUGGGUGAUGGUGGACAUGAAAGAGUGGUUUGUGGAGCUUAAUUUUAAUGUGAUUCUGAAAAUGGUGGUCGGGAAAAGGCUCUGCGGCGGCACCGCCGCCGCCGGAGAGGAGAUGGUCCGGUGCCGGAGGGUUAUAGAGGGUUUCUUCUACUUUCUGGGGAAGUUUGUGGCGGCUGACGCCGUGCCUUGGCUUGGGUGGUUCGAUUUUGGCGGGUAUGAGAAGAGGAUGAAGGAAACCGCCGCGGAAUUUAACGGAAUUGUUGGCCGAUGGCUGGAGGAGCACCGUCGGAAGAAAGUUUCCGGCGGGGAUAAGGAGCAGGAUCUCAUGGACGUGCUGGUGUCGAUCGCCGGAGACCCGUCGCAUCAGUUUGCCGGCGCAUUUGACGUUGACACAGUCAUCAAAUCCACGUGCCAGGGAAUGAUUCUGGGGGGUACAGAAACCUCUUCAGUAAUGCUAACAUGGAUGAUGUCCCUUCUGCUAAACAAUCGACACGUCCUGAUCAAAGCUCAACAAGAACUGGACAAAAACGUGGGAAGAGAAAGGCUAGUGAAAGAAUCCGACAUCCACAACCUCGUAUACCUCCAGGCCAUCGUCAAAGAGACACUACGUCUCUACCCAGUGGGGCCUCUAGGGGGCCCACGAGAAUUCACUCAAGAUUGCAUUCUGGGAGGAUACGAAAUCCCCAAAGGGACGUGGGUGACCGUGAAUCUCUGGAAGCUUCAUCGGGAUCCGGAGGUGUGGUCGGACGAUGCGUCGGAGUUCAGACCGGAGAGAUUUCUUACUAAUGGAGGAGCUCAUGGGAAUGUGGAUGUCAGAAGCGGACAGGACUUCGAGAUGAUCCCGUUCGGCGCCGGUCGGAGAAGCUGCCCCGGCUACACCCUUGGGUUGCAUAUGCUGCAUUUCGUGUCAGCGAGGGUGCUGCAGGCUUUCGAGGUGGCGAGAAUUUCCGAUGAUGAGAUGGUGGACAUGGCGGAGACUGGCGGCGGGACGAACCACAAAGCUACACCGCUUCGUGUUCUGGUGGCGCCGAGACUACCUCGUACUCUUUACUGAAGAUUGAUGAGCAGGGAUGACGUCAUCAUAUGAAAGUGGACUCGUGAUAGUAAAAUUAUGAAUUAAAAAAUUAAAUAUAUAUAAAUAAUAAAUAUAACAACAUGAAUUAUAAACAAAUAUAGAAUAAAAAUUAUUAGUUACUCACUCUAUACCAAACACUCAAUUUGCGAAAACAAAUAUUCCAUUAUAUCUAGGAUUGACGAGUUAUUUUAUUUUACUUUAUCAAAAUUAAUAAUAUGCUAAAUUUGAUUAAUAAUAUGCUAAAUUUAACGUAUGGAUAAAAAAGUAAGAAUAAAUUUAAUGGACAGAUGGAAUAAUAUUUUCUAUAAACACUAAGGGUGUGUUUUUUUUUAGAAGGGUUUGGGGGAAUUUGAGUUUGAAUUUAAUUUUUAUUUGAAUUUUGUAAUGAGUUUGAAUUUUGUUAUUUUUUCUUUUUGUUUGGUUUUGGUUGGAAUUUUGAGAGUUUUGAUGUGUAUUGAUUUCAUAGACAAUGAAUAAAAUAAUAUAAAUGUGCAUUAAAUU